UGAGUAGAGAAUUAGAUGAUCAAUCUAAUGAGAACCUGACAUUGUAGCUCAUCAAAUCGAACAUGGACUGGAAGAAGAACAAAUAUUAAUGUCAGCUCCAGGAAAAGAGUGAAGCAGCAACUGCGUCCAUGUGCACACAUUCAUCUCACUGAACUGGCAGGAGGAUCCCAAGAAACAAGCUGUAGGAAGCAAUCCACUUGGGAGUCAAAUGAACUCCAGAUUACUCUCACAGAAGUAAGCUCUCGUGCUCUCUUAUAAGCUGCCAUGGAGGACAGCAGGCAGCACAGCAGCAGAGAGCAGAACCAUGGCAGCGCUCUCCUUGGUUCUCCUCCUCUUAGCUCAUGCUCCAACCAUCGUCGUCUCCCUGCAAGUCCACUACUACAGGAAUUCUUGCCCCAGAGCAGAGAUCAUCGUUAAGCAAGUGGUCCAGAAGCACUUCCUGCAGGACCCAUCUGUUCCUGCAGGCCUCCUCCGCCUCCAUUUCCAUGAUUGCUUCGUUAGAGGAUGCGAUGCCUCUGUUCUCCUCGACAGCACCGCCGACAACGUGGCCGAGAAGACAGCGGCUCCCAACCUGACACUGAGGACCUUCGACGUGAUCGACGACGCCAAGGCCGAACUGGAGAAGGUGUGCAGCCGAGUGGUGUCGUGCGCUGACGUGCUGGCGCUCGCUGCUAGAGAUGGUGUGGCGUUGUCGGGCGGAGCAGCCUACGCUCUUCCCACCGGGAGGAGGGAUGGCGCUGUCUCUAAGGCUUCCGACGUCCGUUUGCCGAGUCCCUACUUCUCCAUCCAAGCCGCCGAAGCUGCUUUCCGAAACAUCAGUCUAGAUUUGGUGGAUCUCACUACGUUAUUAGGUGCUCAUGGUGUUGGAUUCUGCCACUGCGGGUUCGUGAUCGACCGACUCUACAACUUCCAGGCCACGGGCUUAUCUGACCCCAGAAUCGAUCCCGCCAUGCUCGCCACCCUCAAGCAGCAAUGCCCGCCCGAAGUCGUGCUACCCAGCAACGUCACCAAGGACCCAAAGAUCUUCUUGAACCAAGCAACCACAUCGCCGCCCUUCGUCCUCGACACCUCCUUCUACCACGGCUUGCUCAACGGGAAGGCAGUGCUGCAGUUAGACCAAGACUUGGCUUUCACCGACGUCACCAGCAGGUUGGCCGCGCGGUUCGUGAGCAACCCAAAGCGAUUCAUUCAUCAGUUCUCCAAGUCGAUGAUCAAACUCGGAUCCGUGGGAGUGUUGACAGGCGGAGAAGGAGAGAUUAGGUUGAACUGUCGAAAGGUAAAUGGUAAGACAUGAACAGAAGCUUAAGAUGAAAGAGUACAGUAUACCAAUUACAGAUGUUUCAGUCUCCGAUCCACGGACUGACUAAUAUCUUCAUUCAUCAGCAUCUUGUACUUCCUGCAAUGUUGCAAAUAAAGAGCUGCAUCCAAGUCUUUUUACUUGAGUUGCAAGAA